AUGUCAUUUUCCUCCAGCGACGAUGACAGUUCGGCUCUUUCUCUCCAGUCAUCCCUUGAGGACCUCUCGCUGGAAUUCACCACAGACCGCAAGUUCAUCAGAUGGGCGAAUGCAAACCCUCGACACCCCCGGAAUUGGACGACGAACCGCAAAGUCUAUGAUACCGCCAUCAUCAUAUGGCUUGAAUUCUUUACGACUGCCAUCAGUGCAAGUGGAGCCUCGGCAGCAGCAGACGCCCAGCACGAAUUUGGCAUUUCUCACACACUGUCUAUAUUCCUUUUCAUUUCUAUGUUCGUAUCGCUCGCCCUUCGCAUCGAAUCAAGUAUUGGCGGCAUUGUAUGUCCUCCGUUCUCGGAAUGUUUCGGGAGGCGAUGGCUGUACAUCAUUAGCAUGGCGAUUUAUUGCAUUUCUUGUUUAAUCAUUGGCCUAGUGCCCUCAAUCUCAGGCGUGGUAAUUGGUCGUUUCUUCAGCGGUUUCAUGUCAGCCAUCCCCACGGCUGUGGUACCUGGCAGUAUUGAGGAUCUCUACAAUGCCAAAGAUCGAAUUUUUUUCAUCUUCCUCUGGGCCAUGCUGGCAAACACAGGCCUCAUCAUUGGACCAAUCAUGGGAACUUACAUCGUGAGCACUCUUGGGUGGAGGUGGAUAUUCUACAUUGGAGCAAUCGUACUUGGCAUCACUACGGGCUUCCUCUUCAAUCUUCAAGAGUCUAGACACACCGUUCUUCUCGAAAACGAAGUCACCAAGCUUCGUAAGGUAACAGGAAUGCAGGAGCUCCGUGCCCUCAACCCAGACCACGUUCCCGACCUCCGAACAUUCCUCCAGUCGGCUGUUUUUCGACCGGCUCGUUUCCUCUUCACCGAGCCUAUCGUAUUUCUCGUAUCGAUUAUAGCGAGUAUUGCUUUUGCGAUGGUGUAUCUUUUCACCGAAGCACUGCCUACUGUGUAUGGUGAUAUGGGUUUUACAACCCAAACAUCCUCCCUGCCCUUUUUAGCCCUCGGGUUUGGAUUUCUACUCAGCUCUCUCACACGAGUCCUCGAUCAUGCUAUUUUGGACAAGCUGUAUCGGGAAGGCAAGCCAAUCACCCCAGAAUCAAAGUUGAUAGGCUUCUGCAUUGGGGCGCCCGUGCUCGCCCUUGGCUUGUGGUGGUUCGCUUGGACAAUCCCGCCCCUCGUGCCGAAUGUGCACUGGAUCAUCUCGGCCACUGCUCUCGUGCCGAUUGGGUACUCUCUCAAUGAGAUUGAUACCGUGCUCGCUGGUUACUUGGCAGACAGCUAUCUGAGCUACGCUUCCAGCGGAUUCGCUGCCAUGUCAUUCCUCCGCGCGAUUCUAUCGGCUGUUUUCCCCCUGUUCACACAGAAAAUGUACGCUGGUUUGAACGCCAACGUUGCAACAUCUGUUUUAGCAGUCGUCUCAACAGUUUUUUGUAUAAUACCCCCGCUUUUCAUACGCAUGGGGGCCAGGAUUCGGAAAAGAAGCAAGUUCGCCGAGCGAAGCUUGCAGAUAUACAUGGAAUCUACGGUAGAUCUUGACGGCUACUAG